UCGAUAGCAACCCUAAAUACAGGUACAUCCACGCCAAAAAUAUUUCAAAAGAAAAAACGGAGAAAGAAUUGUUUGUACGGCGUCAAAUUGAUUGAAAAAAACCCAAUUGCUGGGUCCCGCGGACGCAUUUAAGUGAAGCCUCAAGAUGACGCGCGUAACGAGGAGCGAGAUCUCCCUGGACAUGGAGAUCUGGGUGGAGGAGCUGUCGCCGGCUCAGUUGGCGUACUAUGAGAAAAUCACCAACGAGCAUAACGCGGUAAAGGGUGCGCUGAAGAACGCCGUGAGCGCCAACGAGGGCAAGGAGCUGUUCAACGGCCAGGUCUUCCAGGCCUACUCCUUCAAGGGCAAGGUGCUGCAGGACCUCAAGGAGGCCACGCUGCCGAAGAAGCCGCCCAAGGCGGCCGACCCCCCUCCCGCGCCCAGCACCCCUGCCUCUGGUACGGGGCGGGGCCGUGGUCGUCCGCCGCGCUCCAGUCCCGCCAGCAACAACAACAACAACAGUUCCAACAUUGCCUAUUUGGAGUCCUCUGACGAGGGCGACGACGAUGUGCCGCUGGCCAAGCGCCUGGCACUGUCGGCAGGCAAAAAGGCAGUGGCUGCGGGCAAUGCGUCCUCCGCCUCGAGUCCCAAACUGGGCAAGAGAGCUUCUGCCUCGUCCCCCUCCGGCAAGGCAUCGCCCCAGCUCAAGGAGAGCAAGAAGAGCUCCUUCUCGAGCGGUAAAUCUUCCAAGGAGUCCAAGAUGGAGGGCGGCGAGUCGCCGCCUAAGAACUAUCGCCCGGCCGAGGUCAACUCCGUGGGUGGCCUGGUGGUGGGCAGCAGCGACGAGAGCAAGGACAGCAAAGACGGCAAGGAGACCAAGGACAACAAAAUGCAGGGCAAAACCUAUCCCUCGCUGGUUGUGCUGGCCAAGCCGUUCCUCAAGAUCAAGGAUAUGGCGGCCACGCGCAGCAAGCUGGACUCUAAGGUCAAGCUGGUGCUGAUGCUGACGCCGAACAAGUUCUGUGAGUGGCUGCUCCAGGAGGGACUGCUCCGGGCGCAGCAGCACUGCAUCAAUCACCGCAACAACGAGCUGAAACUGGGCAUCUACUCGGAUGUGACCAAGUUUCCCUAUACCGGCGGCUAUGUUUGGAUUAGCGAAUGCUGCCCCUACCGCUUCGUUUCUGUCUUCAACAACUCCAUCUUCGAGGGAGCCCAGCAUCCGCCCACAUUCCUGCUGAAGCUGAUCUACCACUGGGCCUGCCAGACCAGCAUCCAGAACGUGGUGCAGUGGGUCAAGGUGGACAGCGUGUACAUCAAGGGUAUCUACACCUGGCUGCGUGCCAUUUGCACUCUGGCGGUGCAUCAGAAGUGCAAGAAGCUGGGCGGUCCCGGCAAGUUUGUGGAGGUGGGCGUCAUCUCCCUGGGCACUACCUCCCAAGACGGCUCCCAGCGUCAGGUUAAGGUUGAGGUUCUGGGUGUCUACGAUUAUGCAGAGAAAUCCAUUCGCUUGAGGGCCGUGGAGCCCAUUACCGAUGGCGAUCGCAACUACAAGAAGCGCUUCCAGGCCAUUUUGGAGCCACUGUCCCGCUGGGUGCACAAGGACAGCACCAUUUGCAUUGACUUGACCGUGGACAAGAUCACCCUGUUCAGCAUGGGCUUCAAGAAUAUUGUCCAGGCAGCGGCCACCGACAACACGGCCAAGCACAACAACUCGGCAGUGAUGGAGUACCUGCGACGGAUUGUGCCACGCAUGUUCCAGAACACCUUGUCGCUGCUGUCGCGCCAGAUGAUCCAGCAGUUCCUGGACGAGCUGGUCUGGCGCGAGGCCUUUGGCACAUACGCGUUGCAGGCCUUUAAUAACAUUAUCAUACACAUAGCAGAGCAGACGAGGGUCACCACCAAUGAGACCAUCACGCAGCGUCUGUAUCAGGUGGCCACCAAUCCCUUCAAAGACUGGAGCGUGCUGCCGGCCAACUACAAGGAAACGCCGGCCAAUGCCGCACCCAAGCGCCUCAAGAAACCCAUCAACGAUGCCGACUACAAUAUCUCCAGCAAGGUGCCCAAGAAGGAGAAGGAUCGCGAGAAGGAUAUCCUGCCAAGUGGCGUAAAGCGAGGCCGGCCGCCGGGUUCGUUGAAUUCCACGCCCACUGGCGUUCCGCCGGUGAAGAAGGGACCAGGACGGCCUCCGGGCAGUACCAAUCAGCCCAAGGCUGACAAGGCCACCACCUCGAAGCCAUAUGGUCCAGCAUCUUCCAAGGCAGCUCUGGCAGCGGCCAAAAUAACACCCAAAAAGUUUAAAGAAAAAGAUGAAAAGGUGCCAGUGGUGAUCAAGAAGGAGGAGGAUGAGCUCAAGGGCCUGGAGGAGCUAUAUUAUGGCAUUAGCGAUGGCACGGACGAGUACUACGAGAUGUUCCCGUACAACACGCCCCGCACCGCCCACGACAAUCUGCCCAAGGUGGUGGAGUGUCCGAUUUGCCUGAACGGCGACUCCUUCGAUUCCAACGAGAAGCUCCAGACUCAUUUGGUCUCGCACAUCUCGCCCGAAGGCAAGCAGCAUCAGUUCCAGUGCCUGUUCUGCCUGGAGAAGCAUCCCACGGAGUCGGUGCUGGCCAAGCACAACCAGAUUAUGCAUCCCACUGAGACCAAGACGGAGGGGUCACCCUCCUACUACUGUCUCAUCUGCCAGCAGCGGCACAACUCGCUGCACUUGCUCACAGCCCAUCUGCAGAAGGCGCAUAGCACCCUGGAGUUGCCCUAUUGGUGUCACUCCUGCGGCUAUCGUUCGUCCUCCCAUCGGGAUGUGGUUAGGCACUACUACGAUGACCACAAGAACCACAAUUUCCUGCAGUGUCCCUACUGCUUGGAUAUUUUCUACUUCUCGAAACGCGGUGCCAUCAACUCGCUGCGCAUCGAACACUACUUCAUGCACCUGGACGAGCACAUCAACAAGAAAGACAGCUCGCUGCGCUGCCAAAAGUGCUCGCUCAGCUUCCUGGAGAAGGGAGACCUCAAGCAGCACGUCGUUCAGCAUCAUGUGAGCAUGACCAAGACCAACAAGCCGGUGCGUCUUCUCCUGAACAACUCGCUGCUUAUACCGCCGCCCAAGGUGCGCACCCAUCACCGUGAACAGCCACCGUUCUCCACCUACAAGCGGCCUGUUUUCUUUGCCUUCCUCGAAGGCAAGACCUGCGCUGAGUGCAACACGGAUUACGCCAGCGAGGAGACACAUUACACGGGAUGGCUGCACUGCGUCAAGUGCAAUUACCAGACCUGCUGCGAGCGGGCCCAGUUCCGUCACGGCGUGGAUUGCAAUGGCAACUUUGUGGACGCCAUGGAGGUGAAUAUGCCGCAGGAGAUGCACUGCAUCUGCGGCUUUGCCACUGGCAAUGGCAACAAGAUGGCCCAGCAUCUGGCCAACUGCGGCCUCAGCACCUGCUAUCCCAGCCUGGAGGCCGCCAGCGAGAAUGCCGUCAAGCGCAAUAUGCUGGACAUGUUGGGCCUAGUGCGACGCGAUGGCGACACCUCUGGCGAGGGUGCUGAUCUAAGCGAAACUGUGGAUUCGGCUGACCAGAACAGCGACAUACUGCCGCCGUCGGAUCAGGAUCAGCAACUGCAGCAGGUGUCGGAGCACCAUGUCCAGGACCAGCAGAUGCAUGAGCAGCCUCGCGUUGAGCCCCAGUCGGAGCUGCAGCCGGAGUACCUAUCGGCGCCAGUGGAUGAGCCCGUGCAGAGUCUGCCCGUUCACCAGGGUCUGCCCGUGCACCAGCAGCCUGGGCCCAUACAGUUUGGGGAAAUGGAGGCGGCACCCGUCAUCCUGGAUCCCCAGCAGCAGCAACAGCAGCAGCAGGUGCAGUCCACUCCAGACUAUGCACACGUUUCGGUGGUGCAGCAGCACCAGCAGCAGCAGCAGCAACCCUACGGUUUGAGCAGCUACGGCCAGAGCACCCUGGCCACCGACAUUGACAUGCCUCUGAUCGGGGAACUGUCCGAGCCGAAUGCCCCGCCCACGCCCCAGUUUCUGGGCGAGGUGCACACGCCCAUGUUCGAUGCCGUGGCCGCUGCCGAGCAGCAGCACUACCACGCCCAGCACCAGCACCACCAUCACCCGCAAUGAUACAAGCCGCCUGGCAAGCUCAAGUCGCGCGACUACACUCUGCACUGGCAGAACUACUAGCUGCCAGGAGGUGAGUUGGGUUUCGUAUUUGAAAUUUUUAUAAAAACAUUAUCCCAGGAUUCGUACAAUAAUUAACUACGAUAACAGUCGAUGGAUGCGCUUUAAAAUGUAAAUUUAACAAACGAAAUCUCAAUGGAACAGAGGUUGACUAUAUCCGGAUAAUCAAAAGUCCUCGGAGACAGCGAUAUAUCCUCCGCCAUGGGGUUCUCUUAUUAAACACUUAAAGUAUCUAUAAAGCAUAACACUUCACGUAUAUAUUGGAAAGAAAUUCAUUUGUAAAUGACGCAAACAUUUUAAGUUUAAUAAACAACAUCUACAUGUCCUUAAA